GAGCAACAUAUACAUGUGGUGCACAGUACCUAACCCCGCCUUUCUCAACUUGAGGCGAGCUAUUUCCCCAGCAGAGGGUCGGUCCUCAGAUUGUUGUAAGCUGAGCUCAUAAAAGAGCACGCCGGUCAGAUAUGGCAGAGGUCACAAUUCAACCGCCUCCGCUUAUCCCUCUCCAGCACAAAGACAGCGGCUUCGACGAAACCGAAGAAUGCGACAUUCCUUCCUCGAAACUUGCUCGAGAAUCGGGGACGCCAGCCGCACUUCUACUCCAUGCUCAACGCGAACCACCACCACACCAUCAAGGACAUGAAGCACGAAAGUCCGCUUCUCUCAUUACUCUCACCGCCGGACCUGUGUCCCCGUCAGAGGUCUCCGAAUCCGUCACGGACUCCGACGACUACGGAGCGCUCGAUGCUGAAAUCCUUGAAGACAUCGAUGACCCAGAGGCAAGCGUAAGUCCGGAUUAUGGGACGAUAUCAGCUCCGCUCGCAGCCGCAAAGGGACCGUUACUACCUCCCUUCAUUACGGGACAUGGGAGAAGAUUAAGAGUAGAGCAGAGGGUGCCACCUGCAGUCGGGGCGUUUUUGCUGGUGGGGGUGUUUGUGUGGACCUGGGCCGUGGCGUGGUGGGGAGUGCGGGGUUUGGCUGGUUAAGGGUUGGGUGAGAGGGAUGGGAAUGAGAUGGGUUGGCAUAUUGACAGGAGGAGAACGGAGUAAUGAGGGCAGAAAGAGUUGAAUGAGAAUGGAGAACAAUCGCUUAGUGCGUAACGAGGAUAGGGAAGGAGGAAAGAGGAACAAUAUGACCUUGGAUGAGAUACGGUAUGGAUUCCCAUUUCUUUUUCCCAUUCUCGCAACCAGAGUGUAGUGUUUGGGUGCUUUUGAAGAUAUGGGAACUGAGUUGGUUGGGUGGCAUGCGGCACCGAAGUGAAAAGUCGCCAGAGCCAUCAAGGGAACAUAUCAUAUAAUAUGGAGUAUUACUUGGGCUUUACAAACCUCAAGAGAUGUAACAUAGUGCAGGAUGUAUACGGACGAUGAAUCUUGUAGGCAGAUGCUCAUAACAUCUAUAUAAAUAGCACUAGUCCCCUC